AAACUGAACUCAAUUAUUGUUUGUUGCCAGGUCUUUCUGGGCUGUUUGACACCAGCCUGCACCACGCCAGCACCUCUGGUCCUGACCCUGCUGUCAUUAAUCUGAUCUCAGCACUAGAGUCCCGGGGUCCACAGGCUACACCCUCUUCUUCCUCUCUUCUCUCUCAGUUUCGGACACCCUCUUGGCAGCCGACAAUGCAUACACCAGGCCCUGCGGAGCUCUUUAUUUCUGGGGCCAUUCCAGGUUCUGGAUCCUUUCCCUCUUCUUCAUCCCUUUCCGCUUAUCAACGUCCUGGCUCCUUCCCUGGACGAUCAUUCACUCCUUCUCUAUCCUUGCAGGAUGCCCGUACAUAUAGCCCAACGUCUAAUGCCUUGUUAUCCCCCCAUAAUUCUCUCCUGCAUAUUAAGACCCCCUCCCAGUCCAGCUUGGGCUUUGAUCGCUUGCUUUCUUCUCAAAGUGCCACAUAUAGGGGAUCACAGAAGUCCCCGGCUCUUCAGAACCAAAUUUCAUCCGACGACACUAAUUGCCACUUACCUCCUCCCCAGUUCAACCUGUUGUCCUCUCAACUUCACAGUCGGCAUUCUCAGUUAUGCACUUCAUCCAUGUUCUCUUCUUCUCCAGCCCUGCUGGGGGCAGCAGUUCCCCAGUCACAGUCUGCUCCAGAGAGGAUAGUUUCUCGGCAAGACAGUGUGAUCAAACAUUACCAGCGUUCAUCCCAAGCUCAGUCUCCAGCUCUACACCAAUAUACCAGUUGUGGUGGGUCAUCUAGAUACCAACAGUUAGUCAGUCUGCAUCAGAAUGCUGGAAUGCCCUGUAGUCCCCUGGAUGAACAAAGUCCGUCUACUGAUCCUAAGCUCUCACCUCAGAUGGAACCUCAGUCAUAUCAACCAACUAUCCAAACUCCCUACAUAACCUCACCAUCUAGUUCCUCUGUAUCCUCUUCAUCUGCCACAAAGGGACCCAUUGGUUCCAGUUCCAACAGUGGAUAUUCCACUUCAGGUUCUUCAUCGUCUUCCACCCGUACUGCACACACUCCACCAUCAGCAUCCUCCUCUAGUUCCAAGGCAAACAGCAUUUCCUUGCCCACAUGCUCUCGUCAGCAGCACGGUCCUCAGCUAGCCCCAGCACCACCUCUACUACCAGUGGUGUCAUCUUCCCUUGUUCAACAACCUGCUCUUAAACAAUGCCUAACCACCUAUGGCUCUCAAUCUCUGGUGAAAUCUAGCACUGUCAUGCCAAACCAGACCUCUCUAUCUCCCCAUGUCCAGUCUUACUCCCCCACCAAAGUGCCAUCUGCACACAUGGCCCAGAGCUUUUUAGGAUUUAGCUCACCUCAUCCCGAGGAUUUAAGUUCUGGGGAAGUAGUCACUGGAGGAAAGGCUUUCACUAAUAUAGGUUCUGGAGGAGGACACGCUUUCUCUGCAGAAAUAGUCUUUGGUGACUCCAAUUAUGGGUCUGCUUCUCUCAGGAGUGCAAGCAGUCCUUUGGAAUAUGGGAAUGAAUCAUCAAGGAUGGGACCCUUAUCAGGAGCAGCUACACAAAGGGGUGGAAUUGAAUCUGUAGGGUCAGGGAGUGCUACUCUAGCUGUUGGUAAUGAAAGUAACAGCUCCUAUCAUCUGCCUGAGUCAAGUACAUCACCUGUUAUCAUUUCUACUCUCAGUCACUCUACUUUACAUUCCCCUGCUGCUGUUUGCCCCUCACCGUCCUCUGGUAGCUCAGGAGGGACUAAAUACUUGUCUUCUAUCUUGUCUCCUGCUUUUAUGUCCUCACCAGAAAGUUUCCCCAAUACACAACAAACUCAAAGCAACACCUAUCACUCAACACCAGCCAAACCAAAAACUGAUUCAAAAUUAUUGGCAGCUGAUCAAUCUCAAGUUGAAGCAGAAGAAACUGAAGAUUUCCUGAUCCUACAUUUACUACAAACACAAAGAGCAACACCUCAUCGUUCCCAGCAUCAAUCACAUUCUCAACAGUUAUCCCAAUGUAUAUCACAGGCUAGGGAUAGUGAAAGUAAGGGGAUGAGCUUUGAUAUCAGCAAGCUCUCAAAUGAGCGCCACCAUUCUCAGAGUGUCAUUCGCACCAAUAACAGUACGGAUCACUCUGGUUCAGAGUCAAUGAUUACUGAAACAGCAAAUGACCUAAACAGACAGUUAGAAUCAACCCAGAAAAAACAACAGAUCAGGUCAGAGUUGACUGUAUCAAAGUCCCCUGCUGGAGAAGUACGAGGACUUUCUGAAUCUCUGUCUUGCUCCCUUACUAUCCAGAGCAAUCAACAGCAACAUGAGUCUUUGGAGUCUUUAGUACAAUAUGGAAGAGGGGAUCCCUAUACCCAACACCCACACCACCAACAUUCCUAUCAUUUACAUGUAUCCCCAUAUUCUCAGCAGCACGCUCAACACUCCCAUCAAAUUACCCAGCAAUCCCGGCACAGUCAACUUACUCAGCACUCUCAACAUUCUCAGUAUUGUCAGGCCAAUUCCUAUAACCGGAACAAUCCACGUACUGACCAAAGAAAGCCUUCAAGUACAAAUGACAAUGCUUAUCUGUGUAAUACACCUGACUUGCUUCAGGAUCGCCAAAGUCAGGCCCCCAUUUCUUUGAUAAAUCCACCAGACCCUUCUCAGUCAACACAUGUGAUGCAGUCUGCACAUUCUCAUACCCCCUGCACUGAAAUCGACUUUCAGCAAGUACUCACACAGCCCCAACAGCAACAGCAACCACAUAACCCUUUGAGUCAGCCAGGUAUGAUUGGUACAGUUGGUGAAGCGAGGAUUACUGAGGUGGAAUCCAAUUCACAGAACCUUUCUCCUCAGUUGCCACUUCCACUGCAGAACCAAGGCAUAGAUUCCCACUACAGACUUACUACUCAAGCAAGAGAUCAGCUUCAAACAAGUGAGAAUUCAAUGCCUUGUCUGGAAAUGCUAGACCAGUCUCUUUCACGGGCCAAUAACAUUGACACUAGUGAACCACUCGACAGAAUUGAACUUAGUAUGACUGUUCCAGUAAUCAAAGGAGGUGGUGGAGAAAGGUAUGCACACCAGCAUGGACUUACACCUCAGCAUCAUUCUCAACAAAAGCACCCAGAUCUCCAUAAUCUUCUUGCUGAACCAGAUUUAGGUUUAUCCACAUCUUCACCCCUUCAUCACCUCAACCAGCCACCUGCCCACACCCGCUCCCAUGCUCUCCAAGGGCAACAAGCACACAUUCACCAGCAGGUUUCACAUGAACAGUUAGGUCAUCUGCAACCUCAUGGAAUGUCAGCAAACAUGGCUCCUCCUCACCAUCCACAGCAAGCUCAACAAAGACAGCAUGAAACACAACUUACACACUCCCUGUUAGACCAGCUCAAACAGCACCAGUUUGACACAAUUACCCCAGCAAAUAAAGUUGGACUGGAUCAAACUCAGCAACAGCAACGGUUUCCACCUCUAUCAUCCAUCUGCUUUCCAGACUCACUCUUACAAGAUGAGGAUUCCUCAUUCUUUCCUGAGGUGGAGAACAUGUUUUGUUCAUCUGAAUAUAAGUCAAAUUGUGCUGGGGAUUCUGGGGCAGGACAAGCUAUUCAAGAAACUCUUAAUCAGGGUUGUGGGAAAUCACAGAAAGAUGUAGAAGACCUAAAGGUUGGAGAUCAAAGAUACGAUCUGGGUAAUCAUCACACUGAUCAAGUUUAUGGACAGUACUGUCACACCCUUCCAGGAACAGGUAAUGGCAAUCUCCAUUUAGACCUUGACUUUGUAAAGACCCAUGAGCUUCCUUCUACUGUGAAUACUGAUCAGCUUGGCCUCAUCCAGUCUCAGAAUCACUCUAUAGCACUGAGUUCAGCAGCCCAAGGUGAUGUAUCUGCUAACAAAAUAAUGGGAGCUGUGGUUGGAAGUGCCAGCACUACUGGCUUGACUUCACCUAUCUUUUGUUCUUCUAGACCCAAAAAACUACUGAAGACUAGAUCUUUUCAUUUGCUCAAACAGCGACGUGAUCCACAACCCAAAACAAAGAAAAACUACCCUCAAGAGUAUGAAUUUGAAGAUGAUGAAGAUAAAGCCGAUGCUCCAGCAGAUAUUCGUCUCAACAGCCGGCGACUUCCAGACCUGCUGCCAGAUUUGGUAUCAAGUUGUAGGAGGGCUACAGGACUCAGUCCAAUGACGAGUGAUGUCGACUUCUGCCACCCUACUACCUACACUCUAAUUGGGCACAAUUCACACAUCCUAUCUCAUGAUGGCCCUAAGAAAAGGGGCAGGAAACCAACCAAGCCAAAACGUGAAGGCCCUCCUCGGCCACGAGGCAGACCACGUAUUCGCCCUCUUCCAGAACCUCCUUACUGCAGAGGUUUGAUGGGCUUAGCUACUGGAGAAACAAGGAGAGGACGUGGGCGAGGUAGGGGACGUGGUAGACGAGAGGAAGGACUGGUGAAAACUCACAGAAACAUGAACAAAGCACAAAGUCUUCCAUAUCAUCAGCAGCAGCAACACCACCACCAACAACAGUACAGCCAACGACAUCACAUCCAACAUCCACAACAAUAUUACAGCCAACAGGCUGAUCUUCAUCAAGCUCCACACAAACAUGUGGAGCAUCGCCACCAUAUUCAGCAGAAAGUUUCCUUUUCCCACCAACUGCACCACCAUCAACUUUAUGAAGAAAGACAGCAGCACACACCCCAGCAAGACUUAGCUAAAGCAAUCAAGAUGAAACAACCACAUUCCACCAAGCCACCGUCAGAGUCCUUGCUGAAGACAGACUCUCUGACCAGUUGGGAGCCGGUUCUGUCUGAUGGAUCAGUAGGGUCAGCACCAUCUCUGGGCAUGAGUCCUGGACCAAGUGGCAUCAUGGACAUUGGAAGAAAGGACCAUGAUGAGACACAAGACAAUGUGAUGAAGCAGCAGCACAGAGCAGGAGAGAUGAUGGAGUGUAGCUGGAAAAACGAAAUGGACCAUCCACUGAAUCCUGAAUCCUGGGCUGAUCUGCAGAAACGCACCAAUUCAGUAAGUUGCUUUCCACCCUCUGUAAAAUGAAGAAGGCUCGGAGCCUGAUAUAUAAUUCAUACCUCAUCUAUUCAAACUAAUGCCUCUGGUAGAGAAAGGAAAUUCUCUAACUGAUUCACACCUUAGGUGCCAAUUGGUGCUUUUCCACUGUCUAUGUUGUAAUCUGAUGUACAGGUACUUACAGGUGUUUUGAAACAUGAAUGUAUAAAAAAUGUAUUUCCUGUUGUGUCUCUGACAGAUAAAGAGAAAAAUGCAACAUCUGAAUAAGAUUUCAGCUCUGUUUCUCUGAUUUAAGGUGUAGAUAAAAGGGGGUUACAGUUGACUGACAGCCAGCUCUCUGACUGACAAAAGAAAGAGGAGAGAGAUACGUGUUACCACGGCAGCAGUUGCCACAGUUACUGCAUUUUUCGGCACAGGCCGCUUGCUACCACCUGCUGUCUGUUGGGUGAAAUUGGCUGCAGAUUAGCA